UAAUUCAAGAUGGCGGACGAACUUUGACAUAAAAUCAAACCAGCCACAAAAAAUCGGCAAGAAAACCCGWCUAUAUCUCCCAAAAAAAACAUUUAACAGUAUAAAAACUAUGCGGAGCACCUCUUCGUUCCUUAAGCGAACCAUGUCACUCAAGGACAACGAUAUAAAUGGCGCCACAGCGCAGUCUCCGUUGCAUAAUUUCGUCAAAGCCAAGAAGAAGAUCAAUAAGACGUUCACAGAAAUCAGUAAAUAUCUYUUGGAAACCACACAGUUUAUAUCUGGCUGUGAAGUGGCGGAUGAGAAUAAGCCUGAGUUAAAGAAGUUUGCUGAAGAGGUUUCAGGGUUUGUGGGCCAAGUUGCAAGCAUUACAGAAAUGCUUGCCAGAGACCAAAUGAAAGUAGCAUUCUUCGGUCGYACAAGUAAUGGAAAGAGUUCCGUCGUCAAUGCCAUGUUACGAGACAGAAUAUUGCCGAUGGGUAUUGGACACACCACUAACUGUUUUAUGAGUGUUCAUGGAUCUGAUUCAUCAGAUCCUUACAUCCUCAUACCAGGRUCUGAAGAAAGAAAAAAUGUUACGACACUUGGUCAAAUUGCUAAUGCUCUUCACAAAGAAAAAUUACCACACAGCAGCCUGGUCAAGGUGUUCUGGCCAAAAUCCAGGUGUAAGAUGCUUUCAGAAGAUGUAGUCCUAGUAGACAGUCCCGGUAUAGAUGUCGACCCUGAUUUAGACUCCUGGAUAGACAAGCAUUGUUUAGAUGCUGAUGUGUUUGUCCUGGUGGCCAAUGCUGAGUCCACUCUAAUGAUUACAGAAAAAAACUUUUUUCAUAAAGUCAACCAAAAACUUUCCAGGCCCAAUAUUUUUAUUCUUAAUAACCGAUGGGAUGCGUCAGCUGGUGAAGCUGAUGAAGAACUGAUGGACCUUGUAAAAAAACAACACCUUGAGCGCUGUGUCAGUUUUCUGACUGAUGAACUCAAGUGUGUUGACAAAGCUCAAGCUGAAGACAGAGUAUUCUUCAUCUCUGCAAAAGAGGUUGCAGAUGUCAUGGCAGAAGAGAUUGGUCGACUCAGUGUCUUGAUUAAUGAUUUUGAACAUCCAUUUCACACCCAUCCAGGGUUCUUACAGACUUACAAGAAGGAGCUUCAUAAGCACAUCGAGAAGGGACUUGGUAGAAACUUGAUGGGACGUUGCUCAACGUCACAGGCUCAGAUCAUCAAUGAAGCACAACAAGAAAUGACUGAACAUCUCAAAAGCCUCCUACCACAAGACCAGCAGGAGAAUAUCAUCCCUACUGUACCAAGGCAAGAUUUUGAAGUGUGCUACCAGCUCGAGAUCCAUGACUUGUGUAGCGAUUUCAUUGAAGACAUCGAGUUUCACUUCAGUCUCGGAUGGGAAAACUUGAUGAAGAAGUUUYUGGCUCCUCGUAAUGCUAAGCUUGCUGUAGCUUUAGGAGCUGAUCUGGAAAGAAAUGUCAAGAGCAUUGCUCCAGGGCGAAACAACACGCAUGCCAAUGGAGAAAGACCAGCACACGAGAUCGCGCCUCGCUACAGUGAUGACGAGRUUACCCUUGCUGUCAUACAGGGCGUGGCAUCUCUGACGUCACGAACUACUACGCUUGUCGUMGUCAUUGGAGGACUGUUAUGGCGCGUGAUGGGCUGGAAGGUCAUCGUAUGCUGCACAGGUCUCUACACAGGACUCUAUGUCAUUGAACGUCUUCGUUGGACAAACAAUGCCAAAGAAAAAGCCUUUAAGAAACAGUUUGGGAUGUACGCUUCAGAGAAGCUUCGGUUGGUCAUUAGCUAUACUAGUCAUAACUGUGGGCUUCAAGUACAACAGGAGUUGACUUCAACCUUCACCCGGCUGCAGUCGUUAGUUUUUCGUUCCAARGAGGAUCUAGAAGACGAGAUCCUUGCCUUGGAUAGUGAGAUCAAGAGGCUUGAGACGAUAGAAGAGAAAGCUAGAGUAUUACGGAACAAAGGAUGUUGGUUUGAAAGCGAACUGGAAGCCUUCCUGAAUUCCUUUGGGCUCAGUCGAAGUAAAAUGUAAAACUUUUCCGGCAUGAUGGUACAAAUCAGACAUUGGUAGCAAGUUAAUGGUAUACUGUAUUUAAUGCGUUAUAGAUAUACUUUAGUAUUCAUUACCAGGGUUUUUCGGUUGGGAAUGAAGGCAAAAGAAUGGGAASGAGAGUCACACGUUGUAACAUGCAAAGAAGUACCGUUUUACCGAAAUACCGAAGUUUUAUUGAUCAUUCCCUCUACAAUAAGAAACAGAGCGUCGGUGUUACAAGUGUACCAUAGCUCUAACCGCACUUCAUUAAGGUCAGUUUAGACGGUACGAUUUUCGCCUACAACUAUCGCAUACAACACGCCCGCGUCCGUCGUAGGCGAGUUGUAGGCUUGAUUUACACGCUACGACUCGAGUUGUAGGAUGGCGCGAGCGUAUUGUAUACGAUAGUUGUAGRCGAAAAUCGUACCGUCUAAACCGGUCUUUACAGAUUAAAAAUGUAAUAUAAAAGUGGUUGGGUACCUUGUUCAGUCCGGCUUUAAGUUGAUGCUAUAAUUAAUUUUAGCGUGCGUAUCGCGUUUAACAGACGCACUCGUUACGUAGGUGUAACGUUUUCUGCUCUGCCUGUUCAGAGCGGAUUUGACACUUUAAUGUAUUAUAAUACCUCAAAAAUGUUAGUUGGACAAGACCAUAUUGCCGAUACGAUGUAAACCACUGGAGAUUCCUUUGAGUUGUGUUCUUUAUCRUUGUUAACUCGUGGAUUUUAAAUCCACAAGUUAUUUGAAAAGUUACAUUACAGCUAUUCUCAAUCACACGCKCCGCUCUAGCGAUUGUUUCUGUCACGACGAAGAAGCUUUUGAUGGACGUCAAUUAAGGCGUUUCCAUGACAUUCUAUAGGCACGUGCCCUUAUAGCUUUGUGUUUUCCGACAAUGUUAUGGAAACGCCUUGUGAUUGAAGUCCACUAAAAACCUCCUUCGUCGCCACAAAAACAAUCGCUAGAGGGCGCGUGUGAUUGAGAAUGGCUGCAAUAUUACCCACUCUAACCAAUAAUCUUAUUAAAUCAUGACAUGAUUCUUAUUAUCAUGACAUGGAGCUUAUUCUCAUGACAUGGAGCUUAUUCUCAUGACAUGGAGCUUAUAGUCUUAUGACAUGAAGCUGAUAUAUAAUUUAAAUUUAAAAAAAUACACAUGACUUGAAAUGUCAAAUUGUCUAAUCUAUAGUACGUCACUAGCGUCCGCCAUACCUUACCUGUGGAUAUUUCAAAUCCUACCAAUCGUUCCAAAUCCUAUAUCGACUUCGACUUAAAAUACUAAAACGCCGCAAGUUUUGUAUGGAAUUCUAAAGUUUGAGCGCGGAUUUUUAUCUUGGCGCUUUAUGUUGACUAUUAAAUAAAAAACUGAUUUGAUUAA